GGAGGGUGUGUUUCUGUAUGUCAGAAAGGGAAGGGUGAAGAGGGAGGGGUAGAGAGAAGGAGAGUUCAGCAGUCACUCAGAUCUUCCUGAAGCAGCCAUUGAACGAGUGACGGAGAGAAAGAGAGAAAGGAAGAAUGAGAGAAACAGAUGAGUAGCAACAGACCGAUCUGUUUAAUCCCCAGCCACCUUGUCUGACUCGGACCCCAGCUGGACUUUACACACUCACUCACUCCUGCGCUGGGACUACACUUCCUGAUCCCUCUCUCCAGAGCCCGGAGGCGCGAGUGGAAUCUACCCGAGAGAAGGAGAGAGAGAGAGAGAGAGAGAGAGAGCUGUUAAGGAAGACAUUUCCACACCUGAGAGGAGUCAGUAGUACCCUGCAGUGCUGAACUGAGCCGAAUCGAGCCAAGCGGAUCUGAACUGAAGUCCUCAUUGCAUCGCGUCUCAGAUGGAACUGAAGGUGUGGGUGGACGGAGUUGUGCGCGUGGUCUGUGGCCUAUCAGAGGAGACUUCCUGCCAGGAUGUGGUCAUCGCACUGGCUCAGGCCAUUGGUCAGACGGGUCGCUACGUGCUGAUCCAGAGACUGAGAGAUUCAGAGAGGCAGCUGUUAGCCAACGAAAGGCCCCUAGAGUCCCUGGCCAAGUUGGGCCAGCACGGCAACGACGUCCAGUUCUUCCUGCGCCGCACCGGCCCCAGCAGCAGCAAUGGACCAGGGCCUGGCUCUGGCUCCACCCAGGAACGGGUUGCCCCUCUUUCCCUGCCCAAACACCCCGAACCAGAGCCCCUCAAACGCACCCAGCCCAAGAAGUCCCUCACCUUUAACCUGGGGCCCUCCACCUCCCCCAGAACCAAAGCCAAGCAGCUCAUUAGGAAGUCUCCCUGCGACUCCCCCAAAGAGAGGUCCUCACCCAGCCCCAUUCCUCCCCACCAUGCUACCUCCCCCUCCCCACACUCCCACUCCCCCUCUCCCUCCCCCCACUCUCCCUCCCCUCUCGUGGGCCCGUCCAAAGAGGAGGUUUUCCAGCAGAUUCUUCAGCAGCAGGAGAGGCUGAGGGCCUUUGAGGCCCAGCUGGAGGCCAUGGAGAGAGACUCUCGGUCCAGGAACAGGGCCUCCCCGGCCUCCUCUCCUUCCCCUGUCCCAGAGGCUCGCCUCCAGGAGGAGAUGGAGGCUCUGGAGCAGGCAGCCAGGAGAAACCAGGCCGAGUUGGUCCACGAGACAUUCUGGGAGGAAGAGCUGCAGGCAGAGGUGGAGAGGGAGAGGGGGAUGAGGAGGAGGCUGGGGGAGCUCCAUGCCAAGAUGGACGACUGCGGCCGGCGACUUCAUGACUUCUCGUCUCGCUCCGCCCAGCUGGAGCAGGCGAUCAAAUGGAAGAACCUUGGGGGUGGUGCCCAUGCUGGGAGGGCCAAUCAGGCGGGGGGUGAGGAGUCGCUAGGGGCGAUKAGGGCGGAGCUACAGAGCCAGGGGAGGCACAGCGAGGAGCUGGAGGGGGAGUUAUCGGAGACGGACAGGGCUCUGGGGAAGGCUGAGUCACUGCUGCAGGUAAGGAGAGASGGCAGGGCCCUGGAGAGAGGGGUUUAGCUCGCAGUCUCCUUCACCCACACUCCUAUCCAGUAUCCACGAGAAGGUUGUAGUUCAGUGGUACCCAAAUGGUGGGUCAGUGCUGUGGAACAAACUGAUUGAGACCUGGGAAACCAARUGAGCCAAUCAAUGACAUUAAUCAGUCAAUUAAUGGUGUUCUGCAGCUUAAUGAUCCUUGAUCAAGGCAAAUCGUGUUAUCAUAAGAACAUUUGAAACACUUUAUCAAAACAUUUUGCGAACCACUGGUGUAGCUACCAUCUCUCACCCCUUCUUGCCAGCACACUGCAGCAAACACACACACAUACAUUCAUCAGUGCAAGGACACUCAACAAACAAAUAAAUAUGGUCUCUGUCUCCAAUGGUGAUGGGAAAACCUAUAUUUAUUGGGGAGAAGCAUUUACACAAUGUUUUGUACUUAAAUCAAACAUGUACCUAAAUGUAUGAAUGUUUGCUAUGAAUUGUAAUGGGACCCCUUUUGGAUGUCUGGCUUAACUGGCUUUACUGGUAUGAUUGGCUGUGACAGCUUAGUUCUCAUCUGGACUGAUUAGAUACACUCCCCCAUAUCUGUACUCUCAUUUGUAUCACAUUGACAGUACCUGUACUUCCUUAUAUUCUUGUAUCUGAAAUGGAGAAAAAUUUAAAAAACGAAAUAAAGGUCAUUAAUCCAUUGCA